AUGGAUGGGGGUGAAGGAGGGGUCUCCGAGCUUCUCGCUCGGUUUCGACAGAACAAAACGCGCGAGCCUGCCCCAGCCGAUGCCUCGACGGCUGUAACUUCCAAUCCCUUCAAAGUGCACCUGCGGCACGCUGGCGAGCACCAUGAAGCCCACCCGCCGGAGAAAGAAGAGGACGAGGAGGAACGAAAGAAGGAAAAGAAGGAAAAGAAAGAGAAGAAGGAGAAGAAGGAGAAAAAGGAAAAGAAAGAGAAGAAAGACAAGGGGGGUGGAGAAGAGGAGGAGGAUGAGAAGAAAAAGGAGAAGAAGGAGAAGAAGGAGAAGCACAAGGAGGAACUUAAUGCUGCUCAUGAGGAGACAGCGAAAGCAAAGGCAGAGCUGGAGGAGCUGCGAGGCCAGCACGAAAGGCUCGAGGCGCAGCUGAAGGAGCUGACGCAGCAGCAGGAAGCCAAGGAUGCGGCCGCGCGCUCAGGAGCCGAAGCAGAGGCGGAAGCUGCAGCGCUGCGGGGACGGCUGAGUGAGGCGCAGGCGGAGGUCAGUGCGGCGCAAGAGAAGCUCAGUGCGCUGCAGGAGGAGCUGUCCGCCGUGCAGGGGGAGCUAUCUGCAGCCAAGGAGGAGUUAUCCACCGCGCAGGGGGAGCUGAAUACUGUGCGCGUGCAGCUGGAAGAGGCGCUGGCUGAAGGGGAGGCCCUGCGCAAGGCAGAGGGAGAGAUGAAGGAGGAGGUGGAGAGAGUGAAGGAGGCGGCGACAACAGCGCAGCAGCAGCUGGAACAGCAGCUGGCAGCGAGGGACGCAGAGAUGCAGCAACUACAGGCGGACGUCAAGGAUCUGCAGAAGAAGCUGGAGGAAAGCAGCAAGCAGGCCAUUGGGGGAGAAGGGCUGGCAGAGGCACGUGUGGACGAUGGAGCAGCAGGAGGUGAUUCAACGGCCGCGUUGAAGGCAGCUGAAGCAGAGUUGGCGCGGCUGAGGGAGGAGGUGAGCGACUGGAAGGAGCAUGCGGAGGAGAUGGCGAGGGAGAAGUUGGAGAGGGAGAGCGAAGCAGAAGCUCAGGAAGAGCAGCGCCAGCACCUGGAGCAACAGCUGCAGGAGGCGAAGCGAGAGGUGGAGGAGCUGCGGCAGCGGGGUCAGCAGGUGGCAACUGAUGCAGGGGCAGCAGACGUCCCACCGCAAGUGUCAGGUUCAACAGAAGGAUUGGAUAAGGCAGAGGAGACAGAAGGAGGGUCAGGAGAAGGGGAAGCUGGAAAGGUUUCAGUGGCAGUGGCAGGAGGGGAGCAUGCGGCAGGAGGGCUUGGGGAGGCCGCGGAGGCGGAAUUGAAGCGGCGCGUGGAGGAGCUGGAGGGGCAGCUGAGGGCAGCAGAGGCACGCGCGGCCUCUCUGGAAGCAGCUGUGGCGGCUGGGAAGGGAGAGGUGCAGGAUAGUGCUGAGCGCACUGGUGACGAUGAUGGGAAGAAUGAAGAGGACAGAAAGCGAAGCGCUGAAGAUGGUGGCAUUGCUGACCAGCCUGCUAGCACAGGAGAGGGGGAGGAUGUGGAGGUGGCAGAUGGGGAGAGAAAGGAAGCAGAAGGCGACAGUAGGUUCAAGGAUGCAUCUGAGCUGAAGUCACGUUCUAUUCGUGUGAGUGCGUCUGCAGAAGGUAGGCAGGAGCUAGACCUGGCAGGCGCGAUGGCCCUGGUGGAGGAGCUGGAGAUGGAGCUGGAGGCCGCGCGCGUGGAGGUGCAGCAGCUCAAGGACGCGGGCGACGAGCUGCAGGCCAAGGUGGAGGCGCUGGAGGAGGAGAAGGAGGAGGUUGUGCGUGAACUGGAAAUUACAAGCGAGGACCUCAGGAAGGAGCGCGAACUGGCGGCGGAGGCAGGGCUCGUGGCUGAGGAGGAGUGGAGGAAGAGACAGGAGGCUGAGCGCGCGAAGAAGGAGCUUGAGAGAGAGCUGGCUAAGAAGGGAGGCAAUGCUGGCACUGGUGGCACCGGUGCCGGGUCUGCAGCACAGGGGGCGCACAAGGAAGGGGAGGAUGGGGCCGGGAAGAAGGAAGGUGCGGAGCAGGGCAAGCAGGGGGGUGCAGCAGGCGGACAGGAUGGGGAUGAUGGGAUUCACGAGCCAUCCGCUGAGGUGUGCCAGGUGAAUCUGAAGCUGGAGCUGUCUGAGAUGCGUCGCGAGGCACAGGGGAUGCGCCUCAACCUGCACAACUCCAAGCUCGCCCUCACGGCUGCCGAGGCAGAGGUUGCUCGGUUGACAGUGCGUGUGGCGUUCGGGCGCGUGCUGCUGCAGCUGGUGUCACGGUCGCGAGAGAUGCACGAGGACGAGCUGAUCAUGGCCACACGCAUGGUGGAGGAGGCCAAGGUGAGGGAGAGCGCAGUGGAGCGCAACCUCUUCUCUCUGCUCAAUGAGAUCGCUCGCCUGAUCAAGGAGCAGCAGAUGCAGGCGAAGAACAACGGAGCCACGUACCUCAAGUAUAAGAUAGGCCCGGCCGAGAUUGAGAUAGUGAAGGAGGACCUGAGGCAGCUGGUGCGGUGGGUGCAGACCAAGGCGACUCUGGCCGAGAAAGGGCGCCAGAAGAACAGAGCUGCACGCGUGGGUGCUGCAGGCGUUGCAGACGCAGCGGCAGCCACUGCAGCUGCUGCGGCUGCUGCCAAUGCUGCAGCGGCACGCGCGACUGUGGAGGCAGUGAGGCGGGGCGGGGUCGCAGGUUUGGGCGGGGAGAGUGGGCGGGACCCAGUGGUGCAUGGAGGGCCGGAGAUGGUGGUGCAGCUGGAGAGGGAGCUGGAGGAGGCGAAGGCACGGUCAGAGGAGGCGGAAAAGCUGCACGCCAUGGUGGAGGGCGUGCGCGAGAAGGAGAGGCGCACACGCGAGGAGGUGGAGAGGGAGCUGCGCGCGGCACAGGCUAAAGUGGCGGAGGCGGAGAUGAUGGUGCAGCAGGUGGACGCCCUGCGCAACACAGCGUCCGUGCUGGCUGCUGAGCUGACGGAAGAAGUGAAGGAGACCAAGGUGAAGAUGCUGGAGGCGGAGGAGGUGGAGGGGCGCAUCACUGCACUCGAGGCCACGGAGAAUGUGAUCAAGGCGGAUCUGGAGGUGAAGAGCCUGCGGCUGAGGGAGAUUGACCGCGACUACCCGUACCUCAUGGCGCAGGUGGCGGCAGACGGUGCGCCUGCCAAGCCGCGUGGGUCGAUCUUCUCUCUGGGGCGAAGCUCAGCGGAGGCUGCGGCGGUGGCGGCGGCGUCGGCCGCGGCGAAGGAGAGGAAGCGGCUGCUGGAUGAGAUCCGUGUGAUGCGCGAGCAGCUCAUCUGGACGCAGAGCUCGCUCACCAAGAGCCGCCAGCGCCUGCCUGAGCUCUACCAGGUGGGUCAUGGGUUAUACCAUAGUGCAGCCAGUGGUGCUGGUGGUGGUAGCGGUGGUGUGCCUCUGCCUGCUGGCUUGGCAAAUGCGCGAGUGGUGGUGCCAUCAGCCACGAGCUCUGUGGGCGCUGCUGUGGCCAAUGCUGCUCACGUCGCAGCAGCCAUGGCUGCUGCAGCAGCAGGGGCGGAUGAGAGCCGUACAAGGAGCAGCAGCACGUGGAGCUGGUGGAAGAAGAAGGAGGAGCCGGAGCAUGUGGAGGAGGAGUUUGAGGAGCCAGCGCGCGAGCAGAUCAUCAUGCUGCCACCGCUCACCAACGACAGUGUGCUCUCCAGUGCCAUUGCUGCCUUUGCCAAAGCCAACAGCACCACCAAGAUCUCCCCUCUUCAAACACCCUCGCCUCCUCCCCCCACUCCUUCUGGUCCACCCCCCAUGGCCCACGGUAUGCCCCCGCCUGCCCUUCCCACUUCCCCUCCUCAUGCUCCUGCUGCCCCGUCCUCCCUUCCCUCUGCAUCGCCGGUUCCUGGUUCUGGUGACGAUGCUGGUGCUAUUGACGAUGCUCAUCCGAAUAAGGGAGCAAGUGAAGGAGAUGAACGCAAUGUAGAGGAAGGGGAGGAAGAGACGGCCGCCCAUGGAGGCGAGGGCAACAAGGUGGACGAGGCGAAGGAGGAGGAUGACAAGGUGGAGGAAAGCGUUGAGACUGGAAGCAAGGACGAGGAUGCACCACUGCAAGCGGUAGCGGAGGGUGAUGAUUCAGCUCCACAAAAGGCUCCUGAUGUAGCCGAUGGUGUAGGAAGAAUAGAAGCAGAGGCAGCGGCAGGGGCAGAGGCGGAGGCGGAGGCAGGGGCAGGUGCGGAGGCAGAGACUGGGGCAGGGGCAGAGGAAGAGGCAGGGGCAGGAACAGAGGCGGAGGCAGGGGCAGGGGCAGAGGGAGGGGCAGGGGCAGAAGCGGAGGUGGAGGCAGGGGCAGGGGCAGGGACAGGGGCAGAGGCAGGGGCAGAAGCAGGGGCAGAAGCAGGGGCAGAAGCAGGGGCAGAAGCAGGGGCAGAAGCAGGGGCAGAAGCAGGGGCAGAAGCAGGGGCAGAAGCAGGGGCAGAAGCAGGGGCAGAAGCAGGGGCAGGGGCAGAGGUGGAGGCGGAGGCGGAGGCGGAGGCGAAGGCGGAGGCGGAGGCGGAGGCAGAAGCAGGUGCGGAGGCAGCGGUAGAGGCUGGGGUAGAGGCAGGGGUAGGGUCUGAGGCAGAGGCAGAGGCAGAGGCCGAGGCAAGGGCAGAGGCGGAGGCAGAUGCAGGGGCAGAGACGGAGGCGGAGGCGAAGGUGGAGGCCGGGGCAGCUGCGGAGGCAGAUGUAGGGGCGGAGGCAGAGCCAGAAGAAAAUGCAGAAAGAGAGGUGGUUGCAGAGGCAGAAGGGGGGGCACAGGGAGAGGCAGGAGUUGUGGCAGCGACAGAAGGAGAAGCACAGGCAGAGUUUGUUGAAUUAGUUGCUUCGAUUCCAGCUGUGGCUGAGGUUGGCACAGCAGAGGAGACAAGCAUGUCAAGCGACUUGGAGCCAGUGGAUAUUGCUGCGGGACAGCCACAACCGCCUCUUGCUGCUGAUGAUGCUCAAGAGGUCACUGCUGUCGCCACGCACACUGAAUCUGCUGCGAUUUCUGAGCCGACACAGUCAGAGCAGGAGGAGAGCCAGUGUGAGGAGAUCCCUGCUGCCUCCCAUGCAGCUGUUGAGUCUCCUCCAGGUAGUGAUGCUGCUGUUGACAUGGCAUUCGAGCAGACAGAGCCGGAUGUGGCGGAAGAGGAGCAAGCAGCAGGGCUAUCAGAGGCCUCUGCUGCUCACACCCUUGAUGCUGCCGAGCAUGGUCAGAAUGUACAUGAAGCAGAAGCAGUUGCAUCUCCAAGUGUGCCCGUAGGAGGCGAGGAGCUGGAGAGAGAAGCGGCUGAUGAUGCAGCUGCCUUGCAAGCACCUGCUGUGCGUGACUCCCUUGAGGCACAUGGUGCUGAGGGUGAUGAAGUGGCAGUACAUGAUGCCCCUGCGUCCAGCUCCGCUGAUCAGGACACGGCCACAGCUGGGGAGAGUGAGGUUGUAGGUGAAUCGGUGUUGGGAGGGGAAGAGGUGCAGCAGAUGGCAACAACUGGAACGGAGGAGGAAGAGCGUGCUGGUGGGAGUGUGGUUGUUGCCGCACAGGCAGAGGGGGCUGUAAGCCAAGAAGGGGCAGAGGAGGAGAUUGUGAAGCUGAACCUCAAGGGAGGAUCUGGGUGGAAACUCUUAGCUAUGGUCCUGUACAAGUUUACUUGCGACAUGCUGCGCGAAGCAUGCAUGGGUCGGCCGGGGUCUGCCCAGGAGGGUGUAGGGAGAGCAGGGGCGGGAGCAGCAGCGGCAGCAGGUGGAGGAGGUGGUGGGGGGGAGAGUGAUGCGGCGGCUGCUGCCGCAGAGCUGGGGGAGCAGGCAGCGGUGGCCGUGGGGCUCAAGCCGCGGGGGCUGCUGGCGCUGGAGCGGUUAGAGUUCAGGGACCUGCUGCGGCGCAAGGGAGCCAUGGCCGGGUACUUGCAGUGCCGCAACAUGGUGCUGACAGCGUGGUACGCGGACGUGUCUCAGUCACUGCCGCUCGCGGCCUUUGGCGUGCCCUGCAUGCCCCUGCCGGGCGAGCCCGCAUGGUAUGGCGUCAUGCGGCACGUGUACACGUUCCUCAACGACAAGGCGUUCAUCAAUCUCUGCAAGGCUGGAGACCUGCCCACCUCGCCCGCCCCCUGCUACUGCCAGCCAUCAGCACGCCUUGCACUCCACUCAUCCCCACCACACCACGCACCACCAGCACACAAGCCUCCGACCACCCCGUCCCCAGCACCAUCAGCCUCCGCAUCACCUGCUCCCCCCCUGCAUGGGCGGCGGGUGGUGGUGGUGGGCGCGGGGCCGGCAGGGCUGACGGCAGCGCGCCACCUGGUGCGCCUGGGGGCGCGCGUGGUGGUGCUGGAGGCGAGGGAGCGCGUGGGCGGGCGCGUGCACACGGACUGGACCUCCCUCUCCGUGCCAGUAGACCUGGGCGCCAGCAUAAUCACAGGCGCCGCCCCUGACCUACACGACAACCUCCCCCCGGACCUCUCCGCGCUGCUGUGCCAGCAGGCAGGGCUGCCGUGUGUGGUGUUGAGAGAGGCGUGCCCGCUGUAUGAUGCGGUGCGCGGGGGCAGGGUGGCAGCGGAUGUGGAUGCGCGUGUGGAGAGGCAGUUCAACCGCCUGCUGGAUGAUCUCGCAGGGGUGGCGGCGCAGCAGGGGCAGGCUGCUGUGCAUAUGUCCAUGGCUCAGGGCGUCAUGCAGACGCUGGGGGAGGCGUUUGGGCGGGAGAAUUUGGUGGGGAUGCAUGGGGAUAGCUUGUCUAGCAGGCAGAAGAACGAUGGGGACAAUAUUGGUGGCGGCGGUGGUGCGUUUGAUGCUGCCUUGUGUGGGGGGGGAGCAACAGCACUGAGUAUCAUCACGGGCGGGAAGUGGAACGGCGCUGCUACGCCUGCUGUGCACGGCGCUGCUGCUGCAGAGGACGUAGCGAGGGGUUGUGAUGGACUUGCAGUUAAGGCCGUGGUGGGGAUGAGCGAGCGCGGUGGGAUGAAAGAGGAGCCGCGGGAGAGGGCUGUUGGAGGGGUGGAGCAGAUGAGCAGGGAAAAUGAGGCACAGGGGAUGGGAGACGGAGUGGAAGGAAGAGAGGCUGGGAAGGAGAGGGGAGAAGGAAAGGAGGAAGAGGUUGCAGAGGGGAAGUUGGGCAUGGCGGAUGGGGACGGCAGGAGCGAGUGGGGGGCGGAGAUGAAGAGGGAAGGCACAGGUGAGGAGGGAAGAGUGCAAGAGGAGGCAGAUGGAGAGGAUCGUGCUAGUGAGGGUGGGGCCGAGGAGCCUUGUGCAUUCCCCUCCAUAGGCUGUGUGGGGGUGAGCGAGGGGCAGCAGGGGGCUGGAGAGGCGUCUGUAAUGGAAGAGGAGAGAGAGGGCGGCGUGUGUGACGAUGGUGGAGAUGCGCGGGACAGCAGGGUGGGAGGAUGCGAGAGCAUGGAGGGGUGUGGCGGUGUGGUGCUCGCCACGAGCGACUCUCCAGAAGGGCUUCGGUGGAUGGGGAAGAGGAAGCGAGCAGGGCUGGAACCAACGGAAUCAGGACAUGUGGCAGCAUUGGGUGGGCAAGGAGGGCAGGAGGCAGUGAGAUCGCGCGAGCGGAGCAGCAAGCAGGCAAAGCGAGGCGAGGCCGAGGAGGGCAGGGCGGGCAGUGGGGAUGCGGCAGAGGCAGCAGGAAGAGGAGCAGUGGGUGUUGCGAGGGAGGGCGGUACAGGGUCGACGGUGCAAGCAGUCAAACGGGAAGACCUGCAGGGGGUGGCGAGUCACGAGGGGGGGAAGGGCGAGGGUGGGGAUGCAGACAAGGGCGGGGAGAGUGGGAGGGGUGCAGGGGGCAUGGAGGUGCGGACGAGGGCUCAAGUGAGGCGCGCAGAGCGGCUCAAGGCGGAGCAAGGGGCGUACGGGGCAGGGGGGGUGCCUGGGGAUGGGGAGCAUGGAGGAGCGGGGUUGAGUGGAAGCAGCAAGCAGCGGGGCGCGGUGAAGGUCGAUAGUGCGAUGGGGCAGGACGUGCAUGGGGCGGGGGAGUCUGGAAAGGGAGGAAGAGUUGAGAAUGGAGGGGGGGCGGUGAGGGCUGGCAGGCUUCCUGGCGAACGAGCGUCAGAGAGGGGUGUGAAAAGGGAGGGGGGAGGGAAGGGCGCGGAGGCGCGGGGCAGCAGCAGCAAGGUGGUGCGGGAUGUGCGGAGGCGGUCCAUUGCCGACCUGGUGGCCGUUCUAGACAGCGGGGAGAGCGGGCACAGCCUCAAUGGGCGCGAGCAGGAGAGGAGGGAGGUGGAGCGGCGGGUGCUGGGGUGGCACUUUGCGAACCUGGAGUACGGGUGUGCCACGGACCUCACGCGCCUGUCGCUGCCGUUCUGGAACCAGGACGACGCGUUUGGCGGCUUUGGCGGGCCGCACUGCAUGGUGAAGGGCGGGUUUGCGCGUGCCAUGACACAGCUGGCUCAGGGCUUGGACGUGCGCCUGGGACACCCCGUUGCUGAGGUCGCGUGGGGGGGGGAUGAGCGCGCGGGGGGUGCUGGGGUUGGGAGGGAGGCGGAUGGGGUGGAGAAAGGGGUGGAGCGCGGAGGGGGUGAGACGCCGUGUGGGAGUGUGGCUGGGGUGAAGGGUGGCUGUGCGCCGUGGGGGUGCUGUGGGGCACACACAAGUGUGGGUGUGUCCAAGGCUGGGGCAGCGGCGGGCAGCGCGGAGGCAGUUGCUGGCAUGGAGCUUGAGAAGAAUGUGGUAGGCACACCAGAGACUCACUCACACGCCAAUGGGCAUGGAGCGACAGCAGCAGCAACAACUACAGGUGCAGCAACAGCAGCAGCAACAGCAGCAGCAGCAGUGCAUGUGACGACAGCGUCAGGAGAGGUGUUCCCGUGCGACGCAGCACUCAUCACAGUGCCUCUGGGCUGCCUCAAGGCGGGCGCCGUGGCCUUCUCUCCGCCCCUGCCCGCAUGGAAGGCACGGGCCAUUGAGCGGUUGGGGUUUGGGACGAUCAACAAGGUGAUUCUGGAGUUUGAGCGCGCGUUCUGGGAUCCCCAUGUCGACUACUUCGGUGCUGUCGCCCACCCGCACCCCUCGCAGCGCGGCAACUGCUUCCUCUUCUGGAACCUGCAGCGCGUCUGUGGUGCCCCCGUGCUAGCUGCGCUCGUUGUGGGGCGCGCUGCCAUGGCCAUGGAGGGCCGGGGGGAGGGGGAUGGCGUGGCGGAGGGGACUGGGGUGGAUGGAGCUGGGAAGGAGAAGGGGGAAGGUGGAGAGGGUGAGCGCACAAGGAGGAGGAGUGCGCGGCUCAGGAGGGCGGAGGGGGGCGGUGCCGGGGAUGAGAGGCAGGGGGAGGGAGGGGUGGCGGAGGAGGAGAGGCAGCGGAAGGAGCGGGUGGUGCAGCAUGCAGUGCGUGUGCUCAAGACCGUGUUCGGCCGCCGCAACGUGCCCAAACCCAAGGCCGCCGCUGUCACCUUCUGGGGCACCGACCCUUACAGCCGUGGAGCAUACUCAUACGUGCCGGUGGGGGCGUCAGGGCGAGACUACGACCUUCUGGCGCGGCCGGUGCGUGCACGCGUGUUCUUUGCAGGGGAGGCGACGAGCCGCGAGCACCCCGACACCGUGGGUGGCGCCAUGCUGAGCGGGCGCCGCGAGGCCGUGAGGAUUGCCGGCGUGCUGCAGGGGGAGGGCGAUGUGUGGGAGCAGGCUGAGGCGGCCGCUGCUGCCGUGGCGCAUAGGCAGACGGACGAGGAGAGGGAGGAGGUGCAGUGGGUGAGGGAAGUGCUGGGGGCUGCGGAGAGAGGGGAGAGAGAAGGGGGGGAGUGGGGGAACGGGGUGGAAAUGAAGGGAGUCGAGGAGGGAGCUGAUGGGGAGAAGGGAGUGAGAAGGGCUGGGACAAGAGGUGGGUGGGUGAGAAGCAAUGGUGAUGCCGUUGGAGAGGAUGCAGGAGAGCAGGUGGGGAGACAGCCGUUGGGGAGGGCGAGCACAUGGCAUGCGUGGGCUGACCUGGACAUAGGGCAUAGCGCAUGUGCGCAGGCGGAAGGGCAGGAUAGGACUGCAAGGGAUGGGCCAGGAAACGAAGUCGUGGGUGUUAGUGCGGUGCAGCAUGUGAGGGGUGAAGAGGUGUGUAGUGCGGUGGACGAGAAGGAUGGGGUGAGGAUGGCUGGGGAUGGAAAGGGGGGUGUUGAGAGGCCCAGUGAUGUAAAGGAGAGUGGGGAGGCAGGGCACGAUGGUCAGACUGAGGUGACUCUGGGAUUGGCUAGCGAACAGGGGGUGGUUGUAGGUGGCAUGGGGAAGGGCGAUGGAGUGGGUGCUGCCGUGCACGUGACACAGGAGGGGGAGGUGGUGAGACAGGAGGGGGGCAAGGGAGGGGGUGUGAGAGGGGAGAAGGGUGGGGACGAGGAGAGGGCGUUGAGGAGGCGAGAGACACGGGGAGAGCUGCGGCGAGGUGCGGCCCUGGCUGCUGUGCUGCGCAUGUCUGGUGGACUGCGCAUGGCUGCAGCAGCAGCAGGCAGCUCGGAGGGGGAGUCGCUACACUGCAGCUCGUCCCAGGUGCUCACGGCCUCUCUGCGCCUGCUGCUUGCUGCAGCCACCUGCCCUCGAUGCGUGCGCUCCUCAGGAGUGGCUGUGAGUGUGCGUGCGCUGCUGACGCUGCCGCGGGUGGGCCGGGAGGUGCGGUCGUUGGCAGCGCGCCUCAUGCGCCUCUGGCACACGCUGGGCCACCCCCCUGCCUCCUCCCCUCCUGCUGGGGGGCGUGUGGGUGCACGUGCAGGCGCGGGGGAAAGUGCAACGGGGGAAGAGGGCAAGGGCCAGGAGAGGGGUGAGGCCGAGGCAAGAAGUGAUCGGGUGGAGCUGUGUGGAGACGUGGAAGGGGCAGAGAGGGGGAGUGGAGGGGGGGCGGGUGAAGCAGGGGCGGGUGAAGUGGGAGAACGGGAGGGAGAGGAGGCAGCGCGCGGAGAUGAGAACAGCUCGCGAGGAGGAGGGCUGGCAGAGGGGGAGGAGGGAGGGACGGGAAGAGGAGAAGAAGCGAGCAGGGUGGAAGGUGAGGGAGGGGUUCAGGCAGGAGGUGGGGUGGGUGGCAUGGUGCAGGGAAGUGGAUGUGAUGGGUCGGGUGGCUGCUUCAGUGUCAGGGAAGAAGCAGCAGCUCAAGUCAGCACACCGGGCACUGGAUUGCUCACAGUGGAGGCACCUGAAAGCACGGCGCAUGGUGUGGGCACGGUCAAGUGCGGUGAGAGCAUUGAACAAGGCGCACCGGAGGGGAUGGGAAGCAGUGGUGCAGCGGUCAGAGUGAUUGCCGUGGCAGUGGCAGCUGCAAGACUAGCCGCAGAGGCCUUGGCAGCAGGUGAAGGGCAGGCAGGCCAGCCACCCAUUGCUGGUGCCUUCCCAGCGAGGGUCGGGGAGGAGGAGAGGAGAUGGCCCGGCCUGGAUGGGACUCUAGGGACAGCAGACGAGGACGACGACGAGGAGGACGAGGAAGAGGACGAGGAGGACGAGGAGGAGGCAGUCCCAGGGCAGGCGAAUGGGAUGGGAGCAGGUGCACACAAGAGGUUACGGGGCAUGCAGGCAGGCAGCAGUGCUUCGCCCCAUGGUGGUCAGGCGUCACGACAAGCCUGCCAUGUGAAUGGCGGGGUGAGGGGCGUGGGCGAGAGCAGGAGUGAGGAGGAGAGGGCUGUGAGUGGGAGUGGUGUGAGAACAAGGUCACAGGCACAGGCGUGUGUGCAAGCAGUGGGCAAGGGGAAUGGUGCAGGGUCACCACGUGCACCCGUCUUGGCCGGUGGUGCUGGGAGGGAGUGUCCUGUGCACGACGGUGGAUCAGUCGUGGGGGGGAUGGGUGGUGGCAAGCGGCGGGUUUGUGUGGCUGAGUGCAGAGUAGCUGUUGAAGGGUAUGUGGCGUCCCUGGUGGGUUUAAUGGGGGAGAAGCAGAGGGUGACACGGCAGCAACUGCGGGAGAUCAGUCGCAAGGCCACAGAGGAGGUGAUGCAGAGUGUGCGAGAAGCGGGGAGUGGCAUGGACCCUGAGGGCUCCCUCACUUCGCAACUCAAGUCGACGAUACAUGACACAGUAGACAAGUACAUGAAGGCAUACAUUGACUCUUCAACAGAUGGCAAAGACUCAGGCGUUGCCUGCCCCUCGCAGGCUGCAGUUGCGACCUUGUCGCCUCCAAAGAACGGGCUGUCGCGCUCGGCGUCGCAGUUAGUAAGCGUCGGCAAGGCCGCAGGGUUUCGUCGCCUCUUGCGUCAGGAAGAUGUUGUGAUUUUGAACGACGCUUUGACCGUUCGGGAAGGCGAGUGGGUUAAAGUGUCAGAUAUUGUUGCGCUGGAAGCUAGGCGGGCUGCCGAAAGCCCACCGAGCAUUGAGAGCGCGGCGAGUCAGCAGGGCAAUGGAAACGGUUCCGUGAAAAUGUUCGAUAAGGGGAACCAAAGCGGAUUGGGGAGUAGCGAGGCAUUUGACUAUGGAAAUGGAAGUGGCGCAGCAGGACUGGCAACGGGGGCGGAGAAGAAAGAAGAGGAAGAGAGUGGUGAUGACUACGUGGACGAUGGUGAGGGCGACUGGGAAGCGCAGCCCGGGAUGCAGGUGCAGCAGACGAAGGGCGGCGAGGAGCAAGUGGUGGAGUUGUUCGAAGAUACCGCCACAGACGCGGAAAUGAAGGAGCUUGCUCAGAACUUCGAGCACGCGAGUGCUGCGCAAGGAGCGGGGCAGAACGGAGAGCAAAGCGGAACUCCGCAAGCCCCGGCGUCAGUGCUGCCUCUGCCUCUCGCAAGCGCCAACGCGCCCGCUCCAGACGUGGCAAGAAGAAAGGGCUCGACAGGCGCUGGGCAACGAAAAGGCGAGCAAACGAUUGGGCAAGCGCCGAAACAGCAGACGGCGCAGUAUGGGGAGCCGGUGGUGCCACAAGGAGGAUAUAUAGACGUGCGGAAGCGACAAGCAGCGGGUGACAUGGGGGAACGAGGACAGCUGACGGAGUCGCGGAAACAAGCAGACCACCAGCAGAGCCCUUUCAAGGACUCCCGCGGACAUGUGGGGGGAGAGGUUGCGAGCGGAAGUGAAAAAGGAUUAACAGAAGCUGGCAGAGCAAGUGGAGGAGUGGGCGGGAAUAACGAUGGUGGGGCAGAUAACCUGGACGGUGGCGAUGUGGGGAAUGACAUGAGCAGCGACGGCUCGGACACGACUGAUGACGACAGUGGCUCGACAGGCGCCGAUGACGUGAUAUCGCUUGGCGGGGACGUGGAAGGCGGGGACGGGGACGAGAGGGACUACGGCACGGUCGCCCAGACCAUGUCCCAGGAGAGCACGGCCGGAAUUGGAAUGGACAUGGGGAGCAGCAAGGGACAAGGGUACGACAGCGGCAGCGCAUUCGCCGCCGCGAAUGACGGCGGAGGAGACGUUGGCAUGAUGUUUCUAAGUACUAAUAGCAUGGUGGGGAAGCGGGUGGUGGGGGCGGGCGCUGGAGGCAGGGAGAGGAAGCCUCCGGGAGGAGGAACCGGGGAGACGGGGUAUGGGGGCGAACAGAAGGCGGGCAACCACAGGACGCGAACUAAGCCGCGGUUCAAAGUGGUGGACUGCCAGUACAGAGAAAAAGGCGCGUUCAGCAAGCUGCAUCGGUGUGCUGUAGGCUACGCUGGCCACGCUGGUGUGACAGGCGGCUAUAAACGUCCAAUAUAUCUGGUUACCAGCAAUGACGACAUGGUCGAGAACGUCGCACCUGGCACGAUACGAUUUGGCCUCAACCGCUACCGCCGAACGGGUGUCACGAUCCGGUUCGCGUCGUCCAUGCUCAUCAACCUGAAGCAGCGCCUUUUUCUCCCACCACAUACCACUAUCGAUGGUCGGGGGGCACGUGUGGCGAUUAACGGCGGCAUUGUGGUGCACAAUGUAACCAACGUGAUCAUACACAAUGUGGCAGUGGGCAAUCUUCCUGGCGACCAUGACGUCAUCCACAUAUCCAAUUCCACACGUGUAUGGGUGGACCACUGCGCUGUGUACAACGCCAUUCGGGGCACUGUAGACGUUGUAUACGGCUCCACAGAUGUCACCAUUUCCAACUGCUACAUCCGUAACAAGAACCUCACCAUGCUGCUGGGAGCAGACGAUGGGGACAUGAACGAUGCCAACAUGCGGGUAACAAUCUACCGCAACUGGUUCGACCAGUCAGGCCAGAGGCAGCCCAAGGCACGCUGGGGCCAAAUACACGUGGCCAACAACCUCUACACCAACUGGACCUACUAUUGCAUUGGUGGGCGGAUGUAUGCCAACAUCAGGUCGGAGCGAAACAUUUUCAUUGCCGGCAAAAGUCGGAAAGAAGUCACACCCUGGUUUGGGGAGAAGAGUCUCCGAACGGCUGGGUUUGACAACACGCCAUCCAUCCGAUCGUACAACGACCUGCUACUAAAUGGUGCUACAUUCCACCAGUUUACAGGGUACACACGGCCAUUCCUGCCUCCUUACAUGCUUGAUAUUCACCGUGCGGAUAAGGUUCUGGCGGAUUUUGUUCGUGAGAAUGCAGGGCCGCAGGUGGGGAGAUUCACGGAGCUGGCUUGUACAGAACUAACCUGCAUUCAGCAAGGGGAUGGGGUUUAG